GACUGCACAUUGUUUUCAGGAGUCAAUGAAAGUUUCAGGAAUGGCCCGCGGCUUAGUGCAGUACAUGUAGUUUGAGUCAGGAAGGGGUCUCUGCCGUUUCCUGGUUGUUGUGAAGGGCCCCCCUAGAGUGCAGGCUAACUAAACUAGCGGCAAUGACCGUGUUCCGGUAUUGGAGCCUCUUCCUGCGUCCGUGAUAAUUGCUCAAGCAUGUUUGAGGAGUAGCACGAGUUACAGGCGGCCUCUAGCGAUCAGCAUAGCACCGAUAACAGGGGCGUUUCGUCACUUCCAGCCAAUCUACUUCAAAAUAGUUCUACGUCUUGAAGUUGAAUACGGAUGGUCUGUGUUACAAGCACCCGCGCCGUCCUCGAAUCCCCUUACGGCAGUUACGGCCUAACCUGCGGAGCGUGAUAGCUGCACUUGAAUUUCAGGUGAACUAUUUGGGCACGUAGGCAGCUGGACUGUCCGGGUCUCCCGUCAAGGUGCUGCAGUCGCGCUUACACCUAUGCGCACGCACAACGGUGCCCACUAGUGUGUGUGUCACGUCACCGGUGACCAAGCAGCCUGUUGGGCGGGCUGGACCAAUCGCUUUGCAAGGCAAUGGCAGUGCCCGGGAGAGAAGCAAGUGCUGCCAAUGGCACUGCACCGACGGAGUCACCAACAGAGUCACUGCCCAAUGGCUAUGACCCGUGGGACGAACUUGUAUCUGGGAAAUUUCCGAUCAUCAGUCAGAUCAUCGAUGAUGCCAGCCAGCUACAUGAUGCGGCGGAGCAAUGCUUCUAUAAACAAAUUAACAAAGAUGAACGCUCUGUUCUAACGUGGCUCAACUCAUUGAAGGCUGCUUGCUUUGAGGAUGACAUGGAGCCAGGGAAAACACAUUCGUACGAUUCCCAGUUGGACGACUGCCACAUGUUUGUCAUGCUUCUCAGAGUAUUAGCACGAAACAAGGACUUGGAGAUGCACAAAGCGAAGCGCAUUGAGGCCAUAGCAAGGGAUGUUGAUGACAACCUGCGUCUCCAUCAGUCAAACACACACAGUUCUACCACAGGUACCACAUUGUAUCGCUGGAUACAUGCCAGAUCCUUUGGCAACCCGGCAACAGCAGAAGCGUCACCGGAGAACAGCGUGCUGAUCGUUGAUGACCGCUCACAGAUCCGGUUGGAGCAGACGUUCUCACCUCUGAAGCAGUCGCUGAUGCACGCUCACGAAGCACACCAGGCUGAACUAACGCCAGGUGACCGAGCGGGCCAAGCCAGUGCCACAGCAGUGCCGCCAUGUAUAGUGGCGUUGUGUGGCGAUGUGCCCGGUAUGCUUAACGGAAUGCAGCAGAUGCAGACGUCCAUGUCAGGUUCAGCCGCGGCACGCAAUGAGACUGCGGCACAGCAGCACCGCAAGCUAAUUGCCGAUGCGCAGGGCGGAGGUGUGUAUGCGCUGCACCAGCACGCAUCCCAGGGCUUGCCACAGCCACGCAAUAUGGACGAGCCCAGCACUCCCUCUGACCUCGUGCUCCUGGCGGUUUCCCUCUGUGCAAGUGACGACCCGGACAAUGCAUCGCCAUGCUCCUCUGAACGCAACAGUGACGGAUGUGCUGAGAUUGACAGCAGAACGCAAGACCAAGACGCUUUCGUGCACGAGCGGAACUGCUGUUCCAUGCGCUCUGCACUGGAGGCUGCCAACACGCUCAUCUGCUUCUUCUCCAAGAAACAGACAGAGAACAUGAUGCAAGAAGAGAUGCAAGCCAAAUGGAAUGCUGAGACACUCCGGGACAAACACACACAUCAGCGUGAAGGAAGGAGGCCGCCUGUGGAAGAGGCAGUGCCAUCCACUCCACCUGUCAAACCAUCCGACUGUUUCUACCCCCUGCAACUUCUCCAUGAUUGCUUGGAAAGGUUUCCAAAGAACGGUCCAUUCGUCAACAGUACUUCACCACUUAACCUGUAUUGUGUAUUCGACGUCUCUCAGCAGUUCUUCGAGAAGAGUAAUGUUAAGGAGGUCAUGCAACUCUGGAUUGACAACCUGUUCACGUCUGAAUCUGAUGAGGUCAUGUCUUAUCCGGACAGAUCCACAAGCAAAAGCAGCAAGAACACCAGCAGCAGCGCCAACAGCAGCGCCAGCAGCACACCAUCAACCCAUGUCCACGUUGCGAUCAAACCUACAUGUAGCUUCCAGACACUUUCAACCUUCCAGGAAACAUGCCCUCAGCUGCUCUCUCGAGCACCACCCGUCGACAGCUACUGGGUGCAUUCAGCCUCAGGAAUUGUCUCCGAGACCGUGAAUCCCGUUCGUAGCACUGGAGCAGGGUUGCACGGCACAGCACACGUCGGCAUGACCGAUGCAACCGAGUGGCUGCGCACUGCCAAGACGGGGCAGUACGCUCAGCGCACACGCAGUGGUAAGAUCCGCUUCAAUGGCCCGUGCUUACAGACCGUCUUUCCGCAUUGCAGCAGUGGGCUGACUAGGCUUGAGCGCCUGUUGCGAGCAUGGCAUGGCAACGUCAGAGUGCUCACAUGCACUGGCAUCGGCUCAGCUUCUCAGAAAGCGCUCACUCUUCUGAAUGAGAUGGGCUGCAUGGCGUUUGCAACAAACACGGCUUGCAGUGCAUCGGCCCAAGCUGAGCGCAUUGCGGACGGGCCUGAGGGGAUGUGCCCAGAAUGCAGCAUACACGUGGGCUAUCGUGUCAUGGCUGACCACAGCACGCUGCUGCUAUUCUUCGCCGUGUGCCGGACUACGCCGACCGGAGCAAGUACUCCGAGCAGUCCGCACGAAUGCCCGGCACUCGUUGUCGCCCACAAGCUGGCGCAUGUCACUGUGAUCACGUGUGACGAAGCAGACCGCUCCAGUGCACAAGAGAUUGAGCCGGCCGUCAAGGACCUGAUGGAGCACAUGUGCAUGGGACGCGGCAUGGAGGCUGCGUUCCCUGCCGGACACCUGCUCCUGGUCAGUGAGCCGAGCAAGGAUGCCGGCAAGCUGCCAGGCGGCAUGCCGCUGAACUCGGGAAGAGCACAUCUAGAUCAGCUGCAGGACUACGCCACAGCCUAUUCUAUGCACUUUAAUGACGACGCUGCUCAGUACUAUUUGGAUGCCAAUACCAGUCAACAGAGGAAUGAAGCGGAUGCGGAGGCAGCAGCGGAGGCCACAGAAGAUACCAACGAUUUGUCUCCGUCCCAGUCCAGGCAACCGGCCCCAGAGGCUGGUUUUGCCGUAUUGACCAAGGGUGAAAUGAUGAAGUGGCUGUUGACGCCUCGCCGCGAUCGGCAGCCAGGGAAGGCUACAUGGCGGCACGGCGCGGAGUUCCUCAACUGUCUACGACUUCUUCUGUUCAAGAGGGGCAGCAUGGUGGAGUGUGCUGAUCAUCUGUGCUUGAGUGCAGCACUAUGUGAACAGUAUGAGUCACUGCUGAACGACCUGGACACACUGAUCACAACUGGAGGCAGGCUGCAACUGGGUGCUACCAGUGAUGGCAUUGCCAUGCCAUUGGCUGGGCAUUAUCAGCCAGCGGCGUGCAUCCCGUUCAAGUUUGAGAAUCAUGCCUGGCACAAACAAGACCUGCCCAAGCGUGACCUGGAACAACUGCGGCGGUUGGCAACCGAGUUGUUGAAGAGCUCUGCAACCGUGGACGAGUUCAAACGGAACAUUAGUCAGGAGCACAGAAAACAAGUGAAUGCUCGCAGAAAGUUGGGUAAAGACUGGCUUGAAAUGUGGGCUUUUGAACGGGUUGGGAAUCACUCAAGGAAAUUCCGGCAGUGUGCAAAGAAGCGUCUUGAUCUGCUCUCCAAUGGCGAAAAGCUCUGCCUAAAAGAUAUUAGACAAGAUGGCAGUGACAACUUCUCCAUGCCUUGUCUGCUACCAGACGGCCAUGAUCACCAGGUAUGCGACAUCUUGAUUGGAAGAAAGAACGGACGACACCCUCUAUGCAAUCAACCAUGCACACUCUGCACAGAAGAUGGCGACGGUGAUUUCUGCCGUAAGCCGAUUGGCCAUCAUCUCCACCAGAUCAUAGGUGAAGAAGGACGCCGCCACCUGUGUUCAUCUUGUGAGAAGCGCCGAUGCAAAGCGAUGUGCACUGUUCUCGGCAGGUGCUACAAUGCACCUUGUGUGGGCCAAGCUAGUUCUAGCAAAGGACAGCUGUCAGCAUCUUCUUCACAACACCAGUCCGAUUGCAGCUACCGGAAACAGUGCUCCAACAAGAUCCCACCAGAUGGUAAAGUCUGCAAUAAGCACAGCUGCGGUAAACCCAAAGAGGAGCAUUACUGCACAACGCCUUGCCCUCUUUGUAAUGAGCCUUGCAACAAAAGGUAUGGCCAUGCACCACCGUGCAAAGUGAAACAGCACGGCAAAGUCAACCAGCCUCAAGGAGUGUGGAAUGAACAUGGCCGCCGCGUCUUCACCAUACCUGCCAACACGGUGGACUGUAAAGGUGGUCACUUGCAGAGACUGCGAAGUGACUCUGGUUCAAUUCUCCCACGGCCAAGACGCAACACAGAACCUGCCCGAAAUUUGACUGCACGGCCUGACUUACCCAGAAGCACUCAUGAAUCUCCACCUGCUGUACGGGAGGGGAUACAACUUGUGGAUCUGUCUGCGCCUGCACCCCAACCCACCACAGCUGUCGCUGGCGUCUCUAGCUCUGCUGAUACAGUAUCAGAGGACGCAUUGCCUGAUGAACAAUUAUUUGAAUUUGAUUCGUUGGCUCGAGGUUGUCAUCAGUCCAAUUCUGCACCAGAUUCUGCCUUGUCAGAUCAGCAGGCAUAAGGACCAGGUUCCUGAUAUCUUGACAUUUGCAUUUGAUGCUCCAAGCUAGGACGCAUAAACCGCUUGCAAUCUACCCAACCGGCUCCCGGAAUAAACAAAAGGGCGUCUUUGUGGUCCACUUCACAACAAUAACACACACAGAAGUCUCUGCUGUGAGCACGGUGGCUCGGCAAUGGCUUUAUUAUUGAUAUUAUUAUAUCUCCUUCCUGAUAUUUUUCUUUUUUUUCUUUUUUCUUUCUUGAAUAAUUGUACCCAUAGGGCCUGAUAAAAAAAAUUAGCACAAGACACUGCUGCUACUGUAGUCGCACAGCAAAACACACAGAAAACGACAAAAUGUUACAAUGAAUGUAACAACACCCGUCCAAGCUAAAGGACUGACAUCCCUGCCCCAGGACGGCAUCUCGAAACCCACACACACUCACCACACGGUCAUCAUCCAGCUUCAGUUCAAUCACUGUAUUCUUCCCCUGCAGACUCAACCCCCCUGUCACUAGCCAUACAAUCUGAAGCUGUAUGUAACCAUACAAUGGCCCACGACGCACACACCACCCCUACGUUUUUUAACUAAAAAAGAAAAGCAGUCGUAACUGCAACAGCCACAUGGCCAAUAAGAAAAACCAAUACGAUACUAUUAUAUCUAUAAACACACACCCAGAAGUCAGGGGUGGGAGGGUGGGAUACAAACUGCACCAACGAAAAGCCACUGCGAAGUGACAGGAAUGCGGUCCAGCACAACAUUUUUGCUGACGCAAAAAGUUGUGGGGAAAUCCCAAAAUCGGUGCGAUUUUUGCAUGAGCCCAAAUGUUCAAGUUACCCACAAAGACACAAGCUUUCCAACUCUCUUUGGCCGUUGGAAAGCGUACCCAGUCACUAUGGCUCAAUGGCUGCAAUCCGGCUGAUGUUGCUUGUAGCCGGCUUAUUGCCAUGGAAGAUCGUCCAGACAGUUUCUCUACACAGCUCCCAGGUUUGAGUGUAUUGCCUUGGGUACCCGUCAUCCCGAAUCAAGAAACUCUUCACCAUGCGUGUGUUCUGUCAAUCGCAUCCCGGCAGCUCACACGUCCCUCGUAUUCCACAGCGCCCACAUGUUGUUGCUACAUGUGCGCUACUCUUCACUGCGUAGUAGUCGUAGUAGUCGUAGUAGUCGUAGUAGCCGUAGUAGUAGUAGUAGUUGUAGUAGUCGUAGUAGCAUGUACAUUAUGGAUGUCACGUGUACAUGUUUCUGGUAAACUCACAACUCACAACGGCAUUUGACUAGUACUCGGUUAUCUGAUGCCACUAUUCCUUUCUCCCUGUUGUAUGCGUAAACACUGCUUGACUGCACGGAGUACUCUUCCGUUGGUGGUGUGCCUCGCUUGUGACAUUAUUAGAAUGCAUCUUUCAUGCCAUUUUGCAAUCCCAUCCUCCUCCUCUCUAGUGUCCUCCUCUCCCCUACAGCAUCUUCCUCCCCUCCCCUUGCUGCCCUUAUCCCAUCCUCCUCUCCUCAGCCCAUCCUCAUCAUCUCCGUCCCUGUCCUCCAAUCCUCUACCCCCCUCCCCUCCCGUCCUACACCUAACCACUCCUUCCCUCCCUCCUCCUCUCCCCUCCCUGAUCAGUUGAGGCAUUGUCUCACAGGGGAGGUGUACGUAUCACACAAUGUUAUCUUGUUCUAGGUAUUGACUAGCAAUAUUGUGAAUCUGCCCAUUCAGAUAGCUUCUCGUCUUUUAAACUUGGUGUGUUGCCCUAAGAUAUGUAGGCUCAUAUUAUAGUCAUAGCCAAAAGCAUUUUUGGCUAAUCGUCACAACUCAAUUGAUUUUCGCUCAAAAAUUCUUUUAUUUUUCCACAGCUCUAGUCCACUGAUAGGCAAUUUAGUAGGAAAAUCUUUUUGAAAUUUCAGAUAUUUUAUUUCAAUUUAUUUCAAAUCUGCUACCUGUACCAGGGAGCAUACUGCUGACCACAACGUGUUGUGAGGCAUCAUACCUUUAGUUUUAGGUCCAUUGUUAUCUCUAGGUUGUGAAACAUUCUCUCAUUAAUAUUUGUCCUUCUUCACAUUUGGCUAUUCAGAAUUCCAGUCACUACAUGCUGUAAGCUCUUUGAGAUGCUCAAUGGGCACCCACUACAGUUGUUCGCUGUGGUUGGUGGUUGUGA